GCAGCUGCACUGUAGUCUGUGUGCAGGGACAAGGAGCUACUGUUUUUCAAACAUAGCAUAAACAUAGAAGUUAUUUUGUAGGCUUCAGGAUGCAGCUAUGGGUUGUGCUGCCAGCAUUGUUCUGCUUCAAGCCUUUCGUUCAGUGGUACAGAGGAACUGUGCACAUAUUUGUAGACGACGGCAAGAGGAAUUGUCACAUGAAAUCCUGCCUCUGGAUAGUGAUGAUGAAAUGAGCAGACCCAGAACUCUCAUCAUCAUGCAAGAGAAGCCGAAACUUCUGGAGCCUUUGGAUUAUGAAACAGUCAUUGCAGAAAUUGAGAAGAAUGUUGAAGAUGACCCACUCAAAGACCUCAUCUUAUUUCCCACAAAUGAUUUUUUGAUAGCCACAGUUCCAUGGGAAAUAAGAACACUUUACUCAUCAGUUUCUGAAGAUGCAGAGCAAAAAGCAGAACAUUUAUUUGUUAAAGAGGCAUGUAAAUAUUACAGUUCCCAAUGGCAUAUUGUAGACUACAAAUAUGAACAAUACUCGGGAGAUUUUAGACAUUUGCCAUGCUAUGAAUUCAGACCAGAGAAACUUCCUUCACAUUCCUUUGAAAUUGAUCAUGAAGACGUUGACAAGGAUGAAGAUACAACAUCUCACUCAUCUUCGAAAGGUGGUGGUGGAGCAGGUGGGACAGGCGUUUUCAAAUCUGGCUGGCUUUAUAAAGGCAAUUUUAACAGCACAGUAAAUAACAGCAUUACAGUUCGGUCAUUCAAAAAGCGUUACUUCCAGUUGACACAGUUGUCUGACAACUCAUACAUAAUGAAUUUUUACAAAGAUGAAAAGAUUUCAAAGGAACCCAAAGGCUGCAUCUUUUUGGAUUCCUGUACAGGGGUUGUGCAGAAUAACAGGCUUCGGAAACAUGCCUUUGAGCUGAAAAUGAAUGAUUUGACAUACUUUGUGCUGGCAGCUGAAAAUGAGCAAGAUAUGGAUGAAUGGAUUUUUACACUCAACAAGAUCUUGCAGAUAAACCCAGAAGGGUGCACUCAAGAAAGGAAGAGUGCAGAUAUUACAGAUCUGAAAUUUGAUUUGGAAGAUGUGGCAAUGAAUUAUGAUUGCCCACCAGAGGAAACUGAUUCUUCAGAGAAUAGUUUGCAUCCAGAUUUCUCUAAAUACCUCACAGAAACAGAAGAAACUGUUGGAGCAUCUCGAAAUAUGGAUAGAUUAAAUCUGUUCUCCCUAGAUCCUGAUAUUUCUGCCUUGAAUCCUCAAAGAAAGGAAUUCACAGGAACAGAUUCAUUGCUCAAGCCUUUUGAAGAGAAGGACACAAAGCGGAUCAUGAUAACAUGCAAAUCCCUCAGUUUGAAUCUUCAAGCUUGUGUUUCUGACAGUGAAAAUGAUCCAAUUACUAAUAUAGAGCCUUUCUUUGUGAGUGUGGCUCUUUUUGAUACAAGGGACAACAGAAAACUAUCUGCUGAUUUCCAUGUGGACCUAAAUCAUACUGUUGUUAGACAGAUGAUAUCAAAUUCUUUGCCCUCACUAGAAAAUGGAACUAUUGAGAAUGUUGGUACCAAAGAGGAAGAACCACAGGUCAAAGGAUUUCCAGAAGAAUGGCUAAAGUAUCCUAAACAGGCAGUUUUCUCCAUAUGUAAUCCCCACUCUGAAAUAGUUUUGGUGGCAAAAAUUGAAAAGGUGCUCAUGGGAAAUAUUGCUACCAGUGCAGAACCUUACAUAAGGAAUCCAGACUCCAACAAGUGGGCCCAGAAAGUGUUAAAAUCUAACAAACAGUUCUGCAGCAAGCUAGGAAAGUAUCGGAUGCCUUUUGCUUGGUCUGUACGGCCAGUCUUUAAAGAUAAUCAGGGAACUGUUGACAGAGAGUCAAGGUUCUCACCUUUGUUCAGGCAAGAAAGUAGCAAAAUAUCAACAGAUGAUUUAAUGAAACUAGUGGCAGAAUAUAGAAGAGCAGACAAGAUCAAUAAAAUUCAGACCAUUCCUGGCAGUUUAGAAAUCACAGUUGAUUGUGUACCUUUGGAGCACCCAAAUUGUGUAACAUCGUCUUUCAUUCCAGUCAAACCAUUUAAAGAUAUUAAGGAGCAUCAACCCACAGUAGAAGUAGAGGAAUUUGUCCAAGAAUCUACAAAGUACUCCCAGACUUACAGAGUAUAUAAAAACCAAAUAUAUAUCUAUCCCAAACAUCUAAAAUACGAUAGUCAAAAAUGCUUCAAUAAGGCAAGGAAUAUAACAAUCUGUAUUGAAUUUAAAAGUUCAGAUGAAGAAGGGGCCAAGCCAGUGAGGUGUCUCUAUGGGAAGCCUGGUGGACCACUGUUUACAACAACAGCAUACACAGCUGUGUUACAUCAUUCACAGAACCCUGAUUUCUAUGAUGAGGUGAAAAUUGAGCUACCUACUCAACUCCACAAGAAACAUCACAUUCUGUUUUCAUUUUACCAUGUUACCUGUGACAUAAAUGCAAAAGCUAAUGCCAAAAAGAAAGAAGCCCUAGAAACAUCAGUGGGAUAUGCUUGGCUCCCUUUAUUGAAAGAGAACCAGCUAGUGUCUCAAGAACAUAACAUACCAGUGGCAACCAGCCUGCCUCCCGGUUAUCUAAGCCUUCAGGAUCCUGCAACUGGAAAGCACAGUGGAAGUGACAUUAAGUGGGUAGAUGGUGGGAAGCCACUCUUCAAGGUGUCUUCAUUUGUUGUAUCAACGAUUUAUACUCAGGAUCCAUAUCUGAAUAGAUUUUUCCAGCAGUGCCAAAAAAGGAACAGGGAUAUCUCCCAGCCACCUACCUCAAACUUUAUCAUCUCCUGCAAGAAUUUGCUUAAAAUUGAGAAGAUCUCUGUGAUUGUAAAUUUCCUUCCUGUGAUUCUGAACCAGCUGUUUUGGGUUCUUGUGCAGAAUAAAGAGGAUGAGGUUACAACUGCUGUGACCAGGGUUCUUACUGAUGUUGUUGCCAAGUUCCAUGAAGAACAAUUAGAUAGAUAUGUGCAGUCAUAUGUAAAGUAUGUGUUCAAGACCAAAUCAUUUGAAGAAAGGACAAUUCAUGAAGAGCUGGCCAAGAACAUGACUGGCCUUUUGAAAUCAAAUGAACAAAGGACAGUGAAACAUGUUCUAAAGCACUCCUGGUUCUUUUUUGCAAUUAUAUUAAAGUCCAUGGCACAAUAUCUAGUUGAUACAAAGAGAGUACAGAUUCCUCGUGCUCAGAGGUUUCCAAAAUCUUUCCAUAGUGAGCUGGAUACACUCAUAAUGGUCUUAUCAGAUCAUGUUGUUUGGAAGCACGUAGAUGCUCUUGAAGAAACCAAGAAUGCAAACCACAGUGUUGGUGGAUUUCUCAAGCGUUGUUUCACAUUCAUGGAUCGUGGAUUUGUAUUUAAGCUGAUCAAUAGCUAUAUAAGCAUGUUUGGACCAAGUGAUGACAAGAUUUUGUUUCAAUAUAAAUUUGAUUUUCUUGAGGAAGUAUGUAACCAUGAACACUUCAUCCCCCUGUGCCUUCCAAUCAAAUCUGCAAACAUUCCAGAUCCAACAACACCAUCAGAAACAACACAGCUGUAUCAUGCAUCAGAUAUUCCAGAAUACACUCUGACAAAUGAGUUUUGCCAGAAGCAUUUCUUAAUUGGAUUACUUCUUCGAGAGGUUGGGUGGGCUCUCCAAGAAGACCAGGAUAUUAGGCACAUGGCUUUGGCUGUACUCAAAAAUCUCAUGGCAAAACAUUCAUUUGAUGAUCGGUACACAGAGAGGGAGAAACAGGCAAAAAUAGCAAACCUAUAUAUGCCUCUUUAUGGCUUGCUGUUGGAUAACAUGCCAAGAAUAUAUAUGAAGGAUAUGUUUCUGUUCAACGUAAAUAUAUCCAAUCAGGGAUCCAGAGAUGAUUUGAGCACUACUGGAGGAUUUCAGAAUCAGGCAGCAAUGAAACAUGCAAAUUCUGUAGAUACCUCUUUUUCCAAAGAUGUUCUUAACUCUAUAGCAGCCUUUUCAUCAGUAGCUAUUUCUACAGCCAACCAUGCAGACUCCAGAGGCUCCUUAGCAAGUCUUGACUCUAACCCCAGCACCAAUGAAAAGAACAGUGAGCCAGCAGAAGCCUGUGAAAAGAUUGCGAGACCACUUUCUCUGAUUGGGUCAGCUCUGCGCUUUGACAAGCUGGAUCAGGCUGAAACUAGAUGUCUCCUAAUGUGUUUCCUUCAGAUUAUGAAAACAAUUUCAGAAGAUACAUUGAUCUCCUACUGGCAGAGAGCUCCAUUCACAGAGAUAACAGAUUUUUUCAGCAUUUUAGAGAAAAUUGCUGCUGCAUUUAAGUUUGCUCAAGCUACCCAGAAUGGAACACUGAAAGGUUCUAACUCAUCCUGUCAAACAUCUGGCCUUCUUCCCCAAUGGAUACAUUCUGCUUCCAGCAGUGAAGUUCACAGGCAUCACAGAUCUCAAACCUUACCAAUAAUCCGUGGCAAAAAUCCUUUUUCCAAUCCUAAACUUCUGCAGAUAAUAGACAGCACCAUUGCAAGUGGCUCAAACGAAACAGAUAUUGUGAACUACGUAGAUACUGAAGCUAACAUUGCAACAGAAGUUUGCCUUACUAUCCUUGACCUAUUAUGUCUUUUCACUCAGCAUCACCAGAGGCAACUGCUGCAAUCAGAUUGCCAGAAUACACUGAUGAAGAAAGUCUUUGAUACCUACCUGCUGUUUUUACAAAUAAAUCAUUCUGCAGCAGCCCUCAAGCAUGUAUUUGCUGCUUUGAGGUUGUUUGUGAGUAAGUUCCCUUCAGCAUUCUUCCAAGGGCAAGCCGACUUGUGUGGCUCAUUCUGUUAUGAGAUUCUUAAGUGCUGCAAUCACAGGUCACGGUCAACUCAGACAGAAGCCUCUGCUUUGCUUUAUUUUUUCAUGAGAAAAAACUUUGAAUUUAAUAAGCAGAAAUCAAUUGUCAGGUCUCAUUUACAGCUCAUCAAAGCUGUAAGCCAGUUGAUUGCAGAUGCAGGAAUUGGAGGCUCUCGAUUCCAGCAUUCACUAGCAAUUACAAACAACUUUGCUAACGGAGACAAGCAAAUGAAAAACAAUAACUUCCCAGCAGAAGUGAAAGACCUGACCAAACGCAUAAGGACAGUUUUAAUGGCUACAGCUCAGAUGAAAGAACAUGAGAAAGACCCUGAAAUGCUAGUGGAUUUACAGUACAGUCUCGCAAAUUCAUAUGCCAGUACACCUGAAUUACGUCGGACCUGGCUGGAGAGUAUGGCCAAGAUUCAUGCUCGAAAUGGAGAUUUAUCUGAGGCUGCCAUGUGCUACAUCCAUAUAGCUGCACUUAUUGCUGAAUACCUGAAACGAAAGGGUUACUGGAAAAUGGAAAAGAUUUGUACCUCUCGUAUGCUCCUGGAAGAUGCUGAACUCUCUGAUAGUAAUGUCUUACUAACAACUCACAAUGGAGGAAGCUUAUUUUCCAUGGGCUGGCCAGCUUUCCUCAACAUUACACCAAAUAUUAAAGAAGAAGGAGCUAUGAAAGAAGACUCUGGAAUGCAGGAUACACCAUACAAUGAGAACAUUCUUGUGGAACAGUUGGAAUUGUGUGUUGAUUAUUUGUGGAAAUCUGAAAGAUAUGAGCUCAUUGCUGAAGUUAACAAGCCAAUCAUUGCAGUAUUUGAGAAGCAGAGAGACUUCAAGAGGCUAUCAGAGUUGUACUAUGACAUCCAUAGAUCUUACCUAAAAGUAGCAGAAGUAGUGAAUUCUGAGAAGCGUUUGUUUGGACGAUACUAUCGUGUGGCCUUUUAUGGGCAGGGCUUUUUUGAAGAAGAGGAGGGUAAGGAAUAUAUCUACAAAGAACCCAAAUUAACAGGCCUUUCAGAGAUUUCCCAGAGACUGUUGAAACUUUAUGCAGAUAAGUUUGGAGCUGACAAUGUGAAAAUAAUUCAAGAUUCCAACAAGGUUAACCCCAAGGACUUGGAUCCAAAAUAUGCUUACAUCCAAGUGACAUAUGUCACACCCUUCUUUGAAGAGAAAGAGGCUGAAGAGCGGAAGACUGACUUUGAAAUGCAUCACAAUAUCAACCGUUUUGUGUUUGAAACACCAUUCACUCUGUCAGGAAAGAAGCAUGGAGGAGUAGAAGAGCAAUGCAAGAGACGAACCGUUCUGACAACCAACCAUUUAUUUCCUUAUGUGAAGAAGAGAAUACAAGUUGUGAGCCAAACAAGCACAGAACUAAACCCCAUUGAAGUGGCCAUUGAUGAGAUGUCUAAAAAAAUUUCAGAACUCAACCAGCUUUGCACAAUGGAAGAGGUAGACAUGAUUAGGCUCCAACUGAAACUACAAGGAAGCGUCAGUGUCAAGGUAAAUGCAGGCCCAAUGGCUUAUGCUCGGGCUUUUCUUGAAGAAACUAAUGCUAAGAAGUACCCAGAUAACCAAGUUAAACUUCUGAAGGAAAUCUUCAGGCAGUUUGCAGAAGCAUGUGGCCAUGCUCUUGAAGUUAAUGAACGCCUUAUUAAGGAAGAUCAACUGGAGUAUCAGGAAGAAAUGAAAUCACAUUACAAAGACAUGCUCAGUGAACUCUCUGAAGUUAUGAAUGAACAGAUCACAUACAAGGAGGAUUCUGCAAAGCAGCAAGGAGUGGAACAACCUUAUUCCCAUGUAAUCAGUAGAACAAUCGCAGUGCCACUUGGACCACUGGUGUCAUCAAAUACUGACAUUUGAUGCUGAAUUUGAAUUUGGAACAGAGCACUAGAGAACUUUGAAUUAUUUUGAAUAAUAGUGCAAACGAAUCAUGAAGGAUUCCACAAAAAUGAAAUGCAGUGCAUUGUUUUUAUUUAUUGAAUAUUUUCAGUGUUUUUUUUAAUUGUCAGGGGUUUUUUAAUGUUAUUGCCUUUCCUGAUAUUUGCACAUUUCCUAUGGUUUUCUUCAUUAUGGGCCAGUCUUUAUUAAAUAGACUGAAAAUAAAUUUCCAUCCAACGUUUAGUUUCACAACAAGCCUUAUGUUUGCCAUAAAUGAUAAUAUAAUCUAAUACAAGUCAUAUGUAUACUAGGAUUUUAAAGGUCAAAAGUAGAUGUUUUAUAACAUUUAAGUAUAUUGUAAUUGUAAAUAGAAGAUGUGUAAAAUAUGUCAUUUUUACAAAAUUUUAGUUAAUGAUUGACGUAACUAAAAUGUGGAUAACAUUUCAGAUACAACUAUAUUAAAACAUUUGUCUA